AUGGGGAAGACUCACGUGGAGAACACAGAUAACAAAGAAAAGAAGACUGUGUUUAGCUUAGUAAAUGUAAAAGACACAUGGACGCGCAGAGUCGGGAAGAAAGUGAACAGGAACACAGCGGGCUGUGUGUCUGCUGCCAAAAUCUACGAGAGCAUCACAGAGCAGGGCACCUCCUGGACUGUGGUGAGCCCAAUCGUCUUCACCUACAAGGUAACUGAGACCCAGGGCCUGCUGGACCCCAGCAAUGACACACUGCUCCUGGGCCACAUCACCAACCCUCAGCAGCUAGAAGAGAUUAAAAAACAAAGCAAGCCCCUCAAGCGCUUUGUGGUCAUUGACCAGGAGGUCUACAAAAUCUAUGGCUCCAAGGUGACUGAAUAUAUGGUUGCCCACAAUGUCGUGUACCGGAUCUUGCCUCUGCCGACCACUGAGGAAAACAAAUCCAUGGAAUUGGUCAUGACUAUCCUAGAGGAGGUCCAAAAGUUCUCCCUGGAUCGGCGCACAGAACCCAUCAUUGCCAUUGGAGGAGGGGUGUGCCUGGACAUAGUGGGCCUGGCUGCCUCACUCUACAGAAGACGCACCCCUUACAUCAGGGUCCCCACCACCCUGCUCUCUUACAUUGAUGCCAGUGUUGGGGCAAAGACGGGGGUCAACUUUGCCAACUGUAAGAACAAGCUGGGUACCUACAUUCCACCCGUAGCUGCUUUCCUCGACCGCUCCUUCCUGCAAACCCUUCCUCGGCGACACAUCUCCAAUGGGCUGGCAGAAAUGUUGAAGAUGGCCUUGAUGAAACACAGAGGGCUCUUUGAACUACUUGAAACACAUGGCGAGUUCCUGUUGGAGAGUAGGUUCCAGUGUGACGACAGCAUUUAUGGGUGCAAAGGCUUUGAAGCUGCAUCACUCUCAACCCGUAUAGCCAUUGAGACCAUGCUGGAAGAGCUCGCCCCUAACCUUUGGGAAGAUAACUUAAACAGACUCGUGGACUUCGGCCACCUUAUCAGCCCAGAGCUGGAAAUGAAAGUUCUCCCGUCUCUGCUGCACGGUGAGGCAGUGAACAUUGACAUGUCUUUCAUGGUGUAUGUGUCCUGUGAGAGAGGUCUGCUGACAGACGAGGAGAAGCUGAGGAUCAUCAGGUGUAUGGUUGGCUUAAAGCUGCCUGUCUGGCACGCAGACUGCACUAUGGAGCUGAUACAGCACUCCCUCCUUGAAAGGCUGAAGCACUCCGGUGGCCUGGUCAGAAUGCCUCUGCCUGUCGGCCUCGGACAAGCAGAAAUAUUCAAUGAUACAUCUGAUGAAGUGCUGCACAGAGCGUACAAGAAAUGGUGUGACGAGCUGAGGGAGUCUUCAGAAAUCAUUAGUGACCCUUAAUCUGGAGAUGUCAUCGGCAGCACAGGUUUACUGUGGAUGGUUAUGGGAAU